AUGGAGUGGGUGUAUUGGUGGUGUGGGUGUUCUGGGGGGGUUAUUGCGGUAGCGGGGGCUGGAGUGGGUGAGCUUCGGGUUGUUGCGGUGGUGGGGGCGUGGGACCGGGUGUGGGAAGAAAAGCACAGGGAGGGUGGGGCUGGUGCGGGGUGGUGGGGUGCGGGGAUUUCACGGGGUGGGGUGACGCGCCGCUAUGGCGGAGCGUUAGGGAGGGGGUGGGUGUGUUUUCGUGGGUUUGGCGGGGGGGUGGGGGUGUGGGUAGAGUUGAUGUUUGGGUGGGUGUGGGAACUCCAGUGGUGGUUCGGCUCGGUGGAGGAGGGUGGUAGGGGAAGGGGGGGUGCAUCCGGGCGGUGGGUAGGAGGUAUGGCUUGCACAAGGUGUGGAGUGUGGGGGUGGGCGUACGGGUGGGCGAGUGUGGGGAGUGUUGUGGUGUUAGGGGUUUUGGUGGUGUACGAGAGGGGGUUGGCGAGUAGGGACGGGGGGGAGGGGGCGGGUGUUGGUUUGAGUGAAAGGGUGGGAGGAAGGGUUGGUGGUGGGGGUGGCCGUUAUAGGGGAGUGGGGGACUGUUGGGUUGUGUUGGGGAUGUGGGAAGGGGGGGUAGGGGGUGGGAUGUCGGGUGGGGGCAUGCGUCGCCUUGGGGAGAAAGGUCGAGUGGAGUGGUGUGGGAGGGGUAGGGUGGUCUGGGUGCUUGCUGGGUGGGGGUGGUUGGUGUGGGUGGUCUACGUACGAAUUGGUGGGAAGGAGGGGGAGUGGGGGCGGGCACGUAAUGUGGAUGGGGUUGGCGGAGACGUUCCUGGGGGGUUGGUGGUUUUGCUUAAAUUAGUGGUUGUGGUUGGUGGGGGUGAAGGGAAGGGCGGAGUAGUGGGGGAGGAGUGGUUGGGGGGUGGGUGGGGUUUUGUGGGCAAAGGUGGGGCGGGUCGGGGGGGGCUUAAGUUUGGCGGAGUAGGGGUUAAGGUGAGGUAUGGGGGGGGGAAGGUGGUUUGCGGAAUGGGGUGA